AUGGGUCUCUCUAACCACUGGGUUAAACUCAUCAACCAGUGUGUUUCUACUGUCUCCUACUCUGUCAUUCUUAAUGGUAGCCCAAUUGGGUUUUUCCAACCUGAAAGAGGACUGAGACAGGGAUAUCCUUUCUCUCCUUAUCUUUACAUCAUUUGCUCUAAAGAUUUAUCUUCUUACAUUAAUAGUCUUCAAAAGAAAGGUAUUUUAGAAGGUAUCAAAGUGUGUAAAGAUGCUCCUGAAAUGACACACCUUUUGUUUGCUGAAGAUUCUCUCUUUUUUUCUAAAACUACUUCUCAAAAUUUUCAAGUCAUUAAAGACUACCUUCAAAAGUACUGCCUGGAUUCUGGGAAAGAAAUAAAUUUUGAAAAAUCUGGUAUUUUGUUUAGUAGGAAGAUUCCUGAGCAUUGA